AUGUCUCGAUGCGGCAGUGCCGUUGCCACCGGUGUGUGGUCAUUAGAUCAACUAGGAGGGACCUUAUCUAUCAAGCGUGACUCUAACGAUGGUAAAACACCUACAAGCAUUAAAACACAAGCGAAUGCUAAACCUCCUGUUAACAAAACUAAUCACGUGCUGAAAAAUUCUGAUGUUGUGGAGUCACCAUCUAAACAACUAGAGGUUCAUGAUAAUGAAGUUUCUACACCAAAUUUGAUACCUUCAGCAGUAAUUACUGAAAGUUCCGAUAUUCAUAUUGUAUCAAAUAAUAUUAUCAGUGAUGAUAUUAUGCAUAAAACAAAUGGUUUUGCUCAUGAUCAUUCCGAUUUUGAGCUUUCUGUUAACUCAGAUCAAACGAAUCAUGAUUUAUUGAUUCAUGACGUGAAUUCAAUGAAGUUGCAAGAUUAUGGUGAAAAUGUUUUUAUCGCUGCUGACAAUCUUAUUAAUAGUAAUACUGAUACUAGUCUUAAUAAUAAUAAUAAUUUAAAGGAUUUUAAUCAAAUGAUGUCAACCGGUUUUGAUGAAUGUGCUCCAAUUGCAUCAUGCGGAUCACCCCAGAAUUUGCCUUUACCGCCUACAGGUUCAGAAUUUGGCAAAAAACCUGAAUCGGUUGCAACAACAAACGGUGAAAAGAAAUCCGCAUCUCAUUUGACGAGGUCGGGUCGUCUUUCUCUUGCACCUCGAGUUGGUGGAAUACAUUCGAAUAUAAGCAACCGGUCAGUCAGUUAUCCUUCUGGCUAUACUAUUGCCUCUGGUCAUGCUCCUGGUGCAGCAAAGGCUCCUCUAUAUGACAAGGUCAAACCGAUUUAUGUUGAUGUUGAUUUUCUACCAGGUAGUGGAAUAUCAAAUUACGUUGAUGCUGAGUGGCUUAAACGUGUUCAAGCUCGUUAUUAUGUAGCUACUGAUGUAAGAUCAACAUGCUCUCUUUUAGAAUCCUUAGUCGUAGGAAAAGAAUCAUGGGAUGGUGAUGAUGUCUCUUUAAUAUUGGCCUAUGAAACUGAGGAGUUAUUAGUAUGGCUCGGUGUGAAUGCUGGACGUCUUAACAAUUGUCAUGUUAAUGUUGCCGCCGUUAUUUCACGUUCAUCUAUCCAAAUAUUAAAUGAAAAAGCUUCAGCUGUCGGCGAUGGUCCUCUUAACUAUCCAGGCUAUCGUAUAGACCUAUUUUAA